AUGGAAAGGAUCAAUAUAAAACACAUUAGCUCAAUGAACAUUACCCAUUCAUUAGUAGAGACAAAUUUUACCACGAAACCCAAGUUUAAUAACGUUAAUUUCAAUCAGGAUAGUUCAUGUUUCAGUUGUUCGAAUGAUGAAGGAUUUCAAAUUUAUAAUACAGAUCCUCUGCAGUGUAAGUUAACCAAGAAAUUCAAAGAUCCCAAUGGUAAUGGGAUUGGAUUUACUAGAAUGUUAUACAGAACGAAUUAUAUUGCCCUUGUGGGUGGUGGUAAGAAUCCUAAAUAUUCAUUAAAUAAACUGGUAAUUUGGGAUGACUUGAUUAAGAAGGAGAGUAUAGUUUUGAAAUUUAUGUCUAAUGUCAACGAUACCUUAUUGUCAAGGUCUCUUAUUGUUGUGGUAUUGGAUGAUCAUUUUGAAUUAUAUCAAUUUAAACAGAAUCCCUUGAAAUUAUUCAAUAAUUUUGAUAUUCCGAGAGGUUCAAAUGUAGAAUUCAAAGUUAUAUCAAAUGAGUUUAAAAAGAUUCAAAAUAUUAUAGCGUUCGUUUCAGUUAGAAGAAAUGGACAAAUUCAAAUUGCAAAUAUUCCAUCAGAGAAGGAUUUGGUUUCUCUGGAGACCAUACCGACAUCUAUAAUCAAAGCACAUAAGACUGAGAUCCAGUUGAUCAGAUUAAAUUAUCAAGGAACCAUGGUGGCCAGUUGUUCUACAAAGGGAACGAUAAUAAGAAUAUUUAGUACACAUAAUGGCAGUCUCAUUAGGGAAUUUAGAAGAGGGUUGGAUAACGCAGAGAUUUACGAUAUGGAAUUUAGUCCUCGAGGUACCAAGUUGGCCGUAAUUUCAGAUAAACAAACAUUACAUAUUUUCCAAAUUUUAGGAGACGAGGGAAGCAAUAAAGUUCAUAAACUGAAAGGUGUUAUUCCGAAGACUUGGAAUUUGAAUUAUUUGGAGUCAGUCUGGUCUAUGUGUAGCAUCCAUUUAAAGAAUCCUAAAUUGUUAAGAAAUGGAAUAAAUUCUAAAGAGUAUCAACAUAAUAGUGCUGAGAUGAAUCUUGAUUUCCAAAAGCAACGUUGUAAGAUAGGAUGGUGUAAUAAUCCAAUGGACAACGAACCAAGAGGCUCAGAUAGGACGUUGACCGAUACGAACGAACGGAUUGUAUCUGAUAACGAAGACAGUUUAGUUCUUGUUUGGAAAGAUAGCGGUAUUUGGGAGAAGUAUGUCAUACUGGAGAGAGAAUCAUUAGAAGAAGCACCUACGUCAUAUAAUGUCAAUGAAAGUUUGAGAAAUGAAGAAACGUCUAAAAUACAAGGCCGUAGGGACAAUGAUAACAAUCACGUAAGAGAAUGGGAGAUAGUAAGAGAAUCAUGGAGGGAAUUAUAG